UCCGUCCCGUAAAUAUACCCAGUUCAUGUUUAACCUGUGCUAGGAUCGGAGACUGCGCGUCCCAACCUGAGAAGUUCAGACAACAACUUAAACCUAAAACUGUGAAAUAAAAAUCCAAUUAAAAUGUAAAUUCGGAAUCUCUCGUGAGUAGAUAAUACGAGAAUAAAGUUAAAAAAUAAUUAAAGAAUUGUGAGAGAAUUUACGAAAAAAAUCUGUGUUGUGAAUUAAUCUGUAAGAUGGUGUUUAAAGUUUCAAAAUAAGCAGGCAAACAGUUUCUGAGAUGUCCGGCGAGGUUAAGCUGGAGGGAGCAGGAGUAGGAGGAGUAGGAGGAGCUGGACAUCCUCCAGGCGUUGGACAAGGAGUUGUUUCGGAUAUUCAGAGGCAUUCACACUCCGAUGAUGACUCUGGAUGUGCUCUGGAAGAGUAUACUUGGGUUCCCCCUGGACUUAAACCUGAUCAGGUUCAUCUGUACUUCUCCACUAUCCCUGAGGAUAAGAUCCCAUACGUGAACAGUGUCGGAGAGAAAUAUCGGAUCAAACAACUUCUUCAUCAGCUUCCUCCUCAUGAUAAUGAAGUUCGGUACUGUAACAGCUUGUCUGAGGAUGAGAAAAAGGAGCUGCGCCUGUUCUCCCAGCAGAGGAAGCGGGAUGCGCUCGGGCGCGGAACAGUUAAACCGCUGCCGGUCACUCUACAGACUCCAGUUACUUGCGAAGCUUGUGGUGAGAACAUGCAUGGAGGAGAUAUCUGUGUCUCCGCUAGCAGAGGAGGACCUAACCGAGCCUGGCAUCCAACCUGCUUCUGCUGCCAGGUCUGCCAGGAGCUACUCGUCGACCUCAUCUACUUCUACAAGGAUAGGAAGCUCUACUGUGGCAGACAUCAUGCCGAGACAACUAAACCCAGAUGCUCAGCAUGCGAUGAGAUAAUAUUCUCGGAUGAAUGCACUGAGGCGGAGGGUAGAGCCUGGCAUAUGAAGCACUUUGCUUGCUUCGAAUGCGACCGAAACCUGGGCGGACAGCGGUAUAUUAUGCGGGAGGGGAGACCCUACUGUCUAACAUGCUUCGACUGUAUGUUUGCCGAAUAUUGCGAUGCGUGUGGAGAAACAAUUGGGGUCGACCAAGGCCAAAUGAGUCACGAAGGACAGCAUUGGCACGCUACAGAACAUUGUUUCUCCUGCCACCACUGUAGAACUACUCUGCUAGGACGACCUUUCCUACCCCGGAGAGGAUUAAUAUACUGCUCUAUAUCCUGCUCUAAGGGAGAAACUGAUAAACCUGCAAUAUAUGACAAUGUGAAGAAACCUCGACCAGUGAAUGAAACAAGUGAUUUGUCCCUCUCGGAGCAAAGUAGUUUCUCUACGUCUCCUCCGGUACAGAGAAAACUAUCAGUGAAAAGCUCUAACUCAGAGAACAGUAGAAAAGCCUGGAUUCAAAGAAACCGAGGUUCUAACAGUGAUUCAGUAAGUGAUCGAUCUAUAACUCCGACCAGUGCUAACCUUAGUACCGGAGUACAGGCUAACCCUGCUCCAAACUAUCCGUACCUCAAAGUUUCAAACAAUGAGACUAAACAAGACUCUGAAAUACCUCAAAGAGGACAAAAUUUUGCUGUCGGAAAAUCUCCGCUGUUUGCGCGGAAAAAAGGUCCACCGGUGCCGGACAAACCCAAAGUUCAACCUUUUAUAAUCCAACCUUCUAAACAAGGAAAGGAACCAAGUCCGACACCUAGUGAUCUUGCAAUGAGAGAUUGUCUAGCCAGCCCUCUCCCACCCCGAACACCUCCUCUAACGAGACGGGAAAGCUUCGGUAGGUUUGAGAGUAAAUUUGAAAUGAAAUUUGAUAAUCAAUUUGGUAGUUUGGGACGUAAAGAAAGUCUGGGGAGGAUCCGACGAUAUCAGGCUGCAAAUUCAUCCGCUGUUAUCGGUUCAAUAUCUCCGUCUGAUCCCAGUAGGCCCUUUAAUGGAAAGGAUUUCUCUUCUCAACAAAACUAUCAUCACUUCUUACCGGAGCAGAAGAGAGAAUCUGUACACUCAACUAGUUCCAACCCGUCUGGACAGCAGCAGAUGAUGUAUCAAAAUACAACCAACACUUACAGUAAUCUACCAGCCCAGACACGUAGUCCUAAAAUGGGACGAAGAGCCCUGCAGUCAGCUAGCCGACCUAUCUCACGCCAUGAAGAGAUGGGAACCCUGCCUCAACCCUAUCAUCAAACCUCAACUCCAAGUGCAGCAGUUUUAAAUCAUUCUUAUCAAGACUCAUCAUUACAGCCUAUUACGUCUCUCCAUCAAAUCCUUAGUUCCAAUAGUCCGUAUGAACCUUCCUCUCCUAAACAGCAGUAUCCUAGACGCUCUGAGGUUGGACUACAGACAGAACAACACGUCUCCGGAUCCAAACAAGAGCACCUGCAACAGCAAAUGUCUCAUAAUGAUCGGUUAUACCUUGAGCGAAACCUGGAGAGAUUAAUCGCUGAACGAGGGAUUAAUGUGAUCGGAGAACUUACAAACCAAAUGUCUCCAGCGCAGAUUGAGAUGUUGGUUAGACAUAUGAAGGAAAAACUAGCGUCUCCGCACUCUAGAGGCAGUAGACAACCUAUAGAUCUUGCAACUAUCGGAGAACUAGGUUUGGAUCGGUUUCUCUCCCAGCUGUCUCUACAUCAGAUGGGUGGAGGAGGAGAGAAUAUGCCAGAGAAUAAUCUUAAAUCAUCAGGCAGCCAGCAGCCCCCCACUCUACCUGUCAAACAAUCAAAAAAGCGAUCGAUUUCUGGCGGACAGAUGGGCCUCAGCUCAGUAUCCAGUAUGCCUGAUUUAUCUGAUUGCCACAAGUCGGACACUAGUUCUGAUGAUGCCGGAGGUGGAGAAAAAUCGUCCCGGCAUAAACCAAGAAAAAGCAAUCUCAGCGGGCGCCAGAAAUCAAAGACUGAAUUGAAUACAACAAAUAAUAACUCGAGCAAGAACCUGAAUGUUCGGUUUGAUCCUGCUCAGGUUCCAGACAGAUCUCCAGGACGUCAUCACGAGUCCUCUGGGAGAAAGCAUAGAUCGGGACACAGAUCCAGCCAUCACCGAAAUCGAUCCUCUUCUCGGAGUCGUGGAACUCAGGAGGUUUCAAGAACUGGUUCCUUACCCAGAAGCCAUUCUUACUCUGGUAAAACCGGACUACAGGAUGCUUUCAAUGUAUCCCGGCGCAUGGAGGAUGAUGAGAUGAGUGAUUGUUCGACCUGCUCCUCAUCCAGCUCGGAUUCAGAUGAUCCCUAUGCGUACCAGCUUCCUCCAAGACGUGCGUACGGAGGGGUACGGAUAUCCUAUGUACCCAAUGAUAGAUUCGCAAUGUCCCAUCGUCAUGUGUCGGGGCGUAGCAGUCUCCGGGCCCCCAUUGGGACCAAUCUUAGAUCCAGUCCCAGCCUGGUGAUGAAUAAUGGGCCGGGGGGCAGGCAGAGAGGGGUAUCCGUAGACAAGGAUAAGGAUAAGAACUGUAUCAUCUCCUGAUCAAUCUGAGUUCAUCAUCUCAUUAUGGCUGUGAAUAUUCUCUACGCUACAGAUUCAGGACGGAUGAUGAUUGAAUCCUAGAGAAACCCGUCCUUGCUUAUUAAUAUUCAAACCUGUAAUAUAAACCUCUGAUCAGGAUUAGAAGCCAAAUUGGGUCCAUGAUAAUGAUUUCUGUAAGUUUAGAGGUCUUGAGUAGACCCGCCCUCACAUUCAUCAAAUUUUAAAUUAUUCUUCCAAUGUUGGGGAGUCAAGGCAUCCAGAUACAUCAUCCUUCUCAUCCACCUCAAUCCAACAUUCAUCUGAUCCAAUACCUUCCUCUAGCCCCUACCCCCCACUACACAUUCAAUGCUUCCACCACCUUCCUCCUAACCCCUUCCCCCUCUCUUCAACCUUAUUCCAAUCUCAGAACAUCUAUUUUUUCAUCUUUUAUUUGAAACUAUUCUUAAUCCUUUUCUUAAUCCAUUUCUUAAUCCUUUUGUCUCCUAACAUGUAUAUCCCCGGGUUUAUAUUUGUAAGAUUAGUUAAAAUGUUGAAGUUACCAAUUCUACCAAUAUGUUUCCAAGUAAUCUAGUCAUGUAUUAUACAAGGAUACUAUUCAGUAAUAAAAUAUUAUUCUUAACUCGUA